CGCGAUACUUUCCCCUGGAAGGAGCGGGCGCCCGAAGGGACUUGCUUUGCUGGAGGCACCGGCGAUGCCACUGCUCUGCUAGAUGAGUGCCUGCUAAAGGAGCCUUCUUCUGUUGCAGAGGUGACCACGGUGACGGUGGCCAACGUGGGGGCCUCUGCGGACAACGUCUUCACGACGUCAGUAGCCAAUGCGGCAUCCAUCUCAGGACACGUCCUGUCGGGGAGGACAGCGCUCCAGAUCGGCGACAGCCUGAACGCUGAGAAAGCCACGCUGAUUGUCGUCCACACGGACGGGAGCAUCGUGGAGACCACCGGGCUGAAGGGCCCCGCGGCUCCCCUCACGCCAGGCCCUCAGUCUCCCCCGACACCCCUGGCUCCCGGCCAGGACAAAGGGGGGACCAAGUACAACUGGGACCCCUCCGUGUACGACAGCGAACUGCCCGUGCGCUGCAGGAACAUCAGCGGCACCCUGCACAAGAGCCGGCUCGGCUCAGGCGGCCGGGGCCGGUGCAUCAAGCAGGGCGAGAACUGGUACAGUCCCACCGAGUUUGAAGCCAUGGCGGGAAGAGCCAGCAGCAAAGACUGGAAAAGAAGCAUCCGCUACGCGGGCCGGCCCUUGCAGUGCCUCAUCCAGGAUGGGAUUCUGAACCCCCACGCAGCCUCCUGCACCUGCGCGGCCUGCUGCGAUGACAUGACCCUGGUGAGUCACCAGAGUCCCAA